GAAACAAUGAAACCCUUGUAUAUAUGAUAUAAAUCAUUAUCUUUUUUUUUUAUUUUUAUUAUUAUUAUUGUAUUCUUUUUCUUAUUUUUUUUCUUUUUUUAAUAAACAUUAUAUCAAUGUCAAGUCAAAAAAGUCAAGAUCCUAUUCUUUUUCCUAAACAAUGGGUUGCAGGCAUGGAUGUAGAUGUGAAUCCAUCAGCUAAACGAAAAACAUCUAUUAUUUGUACUAUUGGACCUAAAACAAAUAAUAUAGAUAAAUUAGUAGAAUUAAUUGAUGCUGGUAUGAAUAUUGUUAGAAUGAAUUUCUCUCAUGGUGAUUAUAAGUAUCAUAAAUCUGUUUUGGAUAAUGCUAGAGCUGCUGGUGCAUUACGACCUGAUAAAGUGAUUGCUAUUGCUUUGGAUACAAAAGGACCAGAAAUCCGUACGGGUAUGAUGCGAAAUAAUGAAGAGUUACCUAUCAACAAAGGAACCGAACUUGUUUUUUCAACAGAUGAUCAAUAUGCAGACAUAUGUGACAACAAGAUUAUGUAUGUGGAUUACAAGAACUUACCCAAAGUGAUCGAUGUUGGUAAAAUUAUUUAUGUAGAUGAUGGUGUACUCUCAUUCAAGGUAUUGGAAAAAGGAAGUGAUCAUGUCAAAGUAGUGGCUCUGAAUGAUGGUAAAUUGGCAAGUAAGAAAGGUGUGAAUCUUCCCAAGACUGAAGUGGAUCUCCCAGCGUUAUCUGACAAGGACAAGAAAGAUUUACAAUUUGGUGUAGAAAAUGGAGUGGACAUGAUCUUUGCCUCUUUUGUUCGUCGUGGACAAGAUGUGAAGGAUAUCCGUCGUGUAUUGGGUGAUAAAGGGAAAAACAUCAAAAUCAUUUGCAAAUUGGAAAAUCAUCAAGGCUGUCAAAAUUUUGAUGAUAUCUUGGCGGAAACAGAUGGCGUGAUGAUUGCGCGUGGUGAUAUGGGGAUUGAAAUUCCUUGUGAACGUGUCUUUAUUGCUCAAAAGAUGAUGAUCGCGAAAUGCAACCUGGUAGGUAAACCUGUGGCCUGUGCUACUCAAAUGUUGGAAUCCAUGACUUACAACCCUCGUCCUACGCGUGCUGAAGUGUCUGAUGUUGCCAAUGCUGUUCUUGAUGGUGCUGAUCUGGUCAUGUUGUCUGGUGAAACCGCAAAAGGAAGUUAUCCAGUCGAAGCUGUCAAGACCAUGGCAAAUACAUGUGAAUUGGCUGAAUCGGUUUUAUGUUAUCCUCCUCUCUUUAAUGAAUUGCGUCAACUUACGCCUUGGCCUACCGAAACCACUGAAACUGUCGCUUGUGCUGCUGUAUCUGCUGCUACUGAACAAAAUGCUGGUGCCAUCAUCGUCCUCUCAAAAUCUGGUCGUACUGCUCGUUUGGUGGCCAAGUACCGUCCUUCUCAACCUAUUGUAGUCGUUACUCGUGAUGAACAAACUGCUCGCCAAUCUCAUCUUUGUAGAGGUGUGUUUCCAUUUGUCUAUGUGAGUGAACCUGAAAAGAAUUGGGACUUGGAUGUGGAAAAUCGAAUUCGUUGGGGUAUCGUACAAGGUAAAAAAUAUGGUUUACUCAAAUCAAAUGAUUCUGUCGUCGUUGUUCAAGGUUGGAAAGGUGGGCUGGGCAAUACAAAUACUAUCCGUAUAUUGAUUACUCCUUAGUUUAGUCAGUAUCAAAUCAUUUUUGUUUAUUAAUAAACUUUCAUUAUUGCGUGUGGAGUUUUAGUUAAAAA